CAGGAGUGUCAACACAAAAGAGUUGAUUUAAUGACAAAGAGACGAGAGACGAGGAAAGGAAGAAUCUGUCCCAGAAGCUCUGAUUUGAAGGCACCAUGGACCACACAGUGGAUAUUAUCUCCGAUCCAGAUCCGUGGCUCAACAACACAAAUGCAAACAGCACCUCCAGUUACAUGCCUACCAUGUCACCAGUAAUGGACAAAACCAUCAACAUAAUUAUGAUAAUUGUCUUAUUUGUGACCAUGGUUUCACUGGGAUGCACCAUGGAGGUGUCCAAGAUCAAGCAUCAUAUGAGAAAACCUAAGGGGGUGGCUAUCGCAGUCGUGGCUCAGUAUGGCAUAAUGCCUCUCACAGCUUUUUUCUUAGCUAAGCUGUUUAAGUUGGCUGAAAUAGCAGCUGUGGUGAUUCUGAUCUGUGGCUGCUGUCCCGGAGGAGCUCUCUCCAACAUCCUGGCUUUGGCUCUUCAGGGCGACAUGAACCUCAGCAUCGUGAUGACCUCUUGCUCAACGUUGCUGGCUCUUGGUAUGAUGCCUCUCCUGCUCUACCUCUACUGUCAGGGUUUCUCCGACCUGCAGAACGCUGUCCCUUAUGUUGAAAUUAUCGUAUCACUGGUCAUGAUCCUGGUGCCGUGCGGCAUUGGCAUCAUCAUCAAUACCUACAGGCCGCAGUACUCAAAGAUCAUCACAAAGGUAGGCCUAAUUAUAAUGAUGAUUUUUAUUGUGGUGAUCGUCACCUUAACCAACAUUGGAAUCGGAAGAGUCAUGCUGACUGUGCUGUCUCCUCCGCUCUUGGCCAUCGCUGCUCUCAUGCCUUUGAUAGGCUACUCCUUUGGAUAUGUCCUCUCUGCGAUCUUCAGACUCAGCCAGUCGGAGCGGAGGACCGUUUCUGUGGAAACAGGCUGUCAGAACAUCCAGCUGUGCAUCACCAUAUUGAAGAUAGCUUUCCCCCAGGAAGUGAUAGGCCCUCUGUUUCUGUUCCCAAUGAUCUAUGGGUCUUUUCAGGUGACGGAGGCAUUGGUGCUCGUUGUGCUGUUCAGGUGCUACCGAAGGUUCACGAAAAAGGAGAAAGAGACUUACCAGCCUGCGGUCACUGAAGAGGAGCUGAAAGAGACGACUGAGGGGACUGUGUGACCUCAAUCACCACCCAUGUAUUGUACAGCCUACAGCUGACUAAACAAACAGAAAAAUGCACAGCCGUAUAGCUGGUCUUGAUUUUUAUACUGUAUUGUGAUCUGAAACCUCUAAGUGCAUUAGAAACUUCAGUUUUUUAUUGGUUAAGUCUAUUGUCUUUCUACACCAUGCAAACAUCAUCAUAGUUUUGACUGA